CUGGCUACUUGAUGAAGGAGCAGCGCUCAGAAAGCUAAUGCUUCCAAAUACACCUGUUGGACUGUAAGCCUGGUGUUGGGUGGACUUCAACUGUGUCCACCCCAGGACAAUGCAGGCUUGCCCACGUCAUUGAAGGCAACACCCAACCAAUGGGAGCAGGGGGCGGGCCUGGAGGACCGCGUGGAAGCCGCAGGUCCUCCAGCCAAUCGGAGUGAACGGACGGCUGGGCACGUGACCGUCCGCCACGUCGGUGUCCCCGUGCGCAAGCGGCAACGUCGUUCUAACUCAGGUCUGGGCUUGUGGGAGAGCCGAGUCGUUCAAAGGGGAAGCAAUUGCACAGAUUUGAAAAUGUCCUGUCAAGGUUCAACAGAGUCAUCAGUUCACCAGGAUCUGAAUAUCGCCAGCCUUUGAGUAUGUAAGGAGAAACUUUUGUUCUGUCUUUUGGAGAAAAGACUACAAACAUCAGUGCGACUGGAAAAGCACCAAGGCAGGCGCGUCAUAAGUGAGUGUUGCCAGCAUACAGACAGUGAAAGGAACUCCAAUCAUUCACACAGUUAAGAGAUCACCAUUCGAGCAGGGAGAGACUGUACAUGUUUGGACAAUCUUCUAACUAAUCCUUCAGCUGAAGAGGUACAAAUACAUCCACACCAUGGAGAAUUUGUGGAAAUGUGAGGACUGCGGGAAGGCAUUCAAGUACCCCUCCCGGCUGGAAAUCCAUCAACGCAUUCACACUGGGGAGAAGCCAUUCAACUGCUCCAUGUGUGGCAAAGGAUUUAUUGAGUCAAACAAAUUGGUGGCACACCAGCGAAUUCAUACCGAGGAGAGGCCAUUCAGCUGCAGCUGCUGUUCAAAAAGGUUCAGAUCUUCUUCUGAAGUGAAUAAGCACCAGCGAGUUCACACUGGGGAGAAGCCGUUCAUCUGCUCUGUGUGUGGGAAGAGAUUUACUCGUUCAUCUGGCCUUCGAUCACACCAGCGAAUUCAUACUGAGCAGAAGCCAUUCAGCUGCACCUCCUGUGGUAAGAGGUUCAGACACUCUUCUGUUCUCAUUGUACACCAAUUCACUCACACCAGGGAGAGGCCAUUCACUUGCUCCCUGUGCGGGAAAGGAUUCACGCAGUCAUCCAAACUGCUCAUCCACCAGCGGGUUCACACUGGAGAAAAGCCGUUCACGUGCCCCUUGUGUGGCAAGGGAUUUGCCCAGAGAGCCCAUGUGUUGACACACCAGAGAAUUCAUAGUGGAGAGAAACCGUUCACCUGCUCUGAAUGUGGGCAGGGAUUCACUCGAUCAGCCAGCUUGCUCAUACACCAGCGGGUUCACACUGGAGAAAAACCUUUCACCUGCUCCGAAUGUGGCAAGGGGUUUGCUCAGAAGAUCAAUCUGUCGACACACCAGCGCGUUCACACUGGAGAAAAGCCUUUCAGCUGCAUUACCUGCGGGAAGAAUUUCAGGAGGAAAUCCACCCUCAUUGUGCACCAGCGAGUUCACUCUGGGGAGAGACCGUUCACCUGCUCUGUGUGUGGGAAGGGAUUCACUCAGUCCGUCAACCUAAUGUCACACGAGCGAAUUCAUAAGUGAACCCCAGUGCCCCACGGACUACAGCAACUCAAGAAGAGAGUUCACCAACAUCUUCUCAAAGAGGAACAGACAAUAAAUGCUGGCCCAGCCAGUGAUUCCCUUACACCAUGAAAUAAUGCGAAAAGAGGGACUGCGGAAUUUGGAUUCUCAUAUUUUUGCUUCACUUGCUUCAGGACAUUUUUAACAUGAAGCCAACACAUUCACAAAAGUAUAGCUUGCAGAGGGGAUUACAAGUGCUUUGUACAGCCAAGCUCUCCACUAUGAUUUUGUCAUUUAGUCCUGUAUUGUGGAAUCUGACACACCACACCCAACAUUUUUCAGGUUAAGAACGAAGUGGAAGAAAGUGACACGUAAUCGUCCACUUGAUUUGAUUUUUUUUUUCCCAGUUUCCUAUCCUUGCUGUCCCCUGCAGAUACGAAAGAAAUUUAUUUGUACACCAGUCGGACAGCAAGUUGAAAAUCAGUCCCAACUGAAAACAAGGCCAAAAAUACAGUAUGCUUUCAGAGACUUGUCCUGCACUGAAAAUGCUGUGUUAGUCACUCGCACAGAGACUCAGCUGCAAAGUCUCAUGAACUUUCUGUAACUCCUUGCCUGUAAGGGAAGCUGUUUGGGACUAGGAUUUACACCGAGGAAAAUCCUUUUAUUAAAAACUGAAAUUAUCUUUCUGAAUACCUACCCUCGACUGUCACUGUGGACUUGAGUAAACUCCUUUACAGGAUACCAGAAGGGGAGGGUUCCCUGUUCAGAAUCUCAAAUCAAACCUCAUGUCACUCGUCAACAGAGCGACUUGAUCCAUCAGGACUUGAAUACCAUUGAUCUUGAAAAGUUGAAGGAGGAGUGUUUAUUUUGUCUGCGGGAGAGCAAAUCAAAUAAUCAGUGAGAAUCAGCAACAGGCACACAAUCUAAGAGGAUACUGGGGCAGCAGUGACUGUGUAAUCAGUUUUUAAAAAUUACUACAUCAUUCACAGUGGGGAGACACAGUGUUUGUGUUACACGUCGGAUCAGGGCUUCAUCUGAUUGUCCAACCUGGAGAGAGACAGAAACACGGGCACCAUGAACAAAAUGUGGAAAUGUGAGCACUGUGGUAAAGGGUUAACAUCUUCGUCUUGGCUGGGAAGUUACUGAUGUGGUCCCGUUGGGGGUAAUCAAUUUAUCUAUUCUGUAUGUGGGAAGAGAUCUCCUCAGACAUCUCCCCCGGAUGUCACAGCAGACAGUUCGCACCGAGCAGAGGCCCUGCAACUGCAUUUACAGUGGGAAAGGAAUUCAACAAUUCAUCCAGCCACGCUGCACCCCAAUGACUUCGCACAGGGGGAGACCGUGUGUGGGAAAGGAUUCACUCAAACAUUCGACCUGAUUGGACACCAAGGGGUUCACAGAGUAGACAAGACCAUUCACCCGACUUGGUUGUGGGAAGGGGUUCACUCAGUUGUUUGUUCUCCUGUCAUACCACUGAGUUCACACUAAGGAGAAACACAGUUCGGCGGCUCUUCCUUUUGGAAGCAUUUCAGACAGUUAUCCAAAUCAAAAACAGGAAUUACUGGAGAGACUCAGCUGGUAGGGCAGCAUCUGGGGAGGAAGAGCACAGAGUCAAUGUUUUGGGUGCAGUGCCACUUUGUUCAGAAUCCCCACGUUCAAACUGGCAAGGAACUGUUCCCGUGUUCCAUGUGAAGGAACGGAUGCCUCAGUUGUGAUACCUGCGGAAAUGUCAGUGCGUUCAUAAGUGAAGGCAGGGUUCUGAUUCUGCUGCUAUUGUCCACAUUAACAACAGGCAGGAUUCAUCCUGUGAAAGCACUUAGUUUGUUUCUGCUGACAUGAGCAGACCUGUAACUGGCUGGAGUUUAACAUUCUGGAUAACCUAAAUUAAUCUAGUCUCAUUUGCCAGCACUUAGCCCACAUCCUCCCUAAUCAUAUGCUCAUUCAGAUGCC